GCCAGCGGUGCGCAGAAAGCCUCGCAGAAAGCCGGACAUGCCGCCAAGGCGCUGAGACAAGGGCCGCUUCGGGCCCAGGAGGGGCGCUGGGUGGUCGGGCUGGUCCUCCGAGACUCUGCGCCGGGGAGCCGGUGCGAGGCGCCGAGCCGAGCCGUGGCCAGAAACGCCUUCUGCCGCGCGCCCCCGGCACGAAGACGACGACGCCGGGCGCGGCACACGCCGGCAGCCGCAGGCGCGGCGGCGGGCAACGGGAGGGGGCACGCCGUCACCGACGACGAGGUCAGGAUGCUGCUCGAGGCCGCGAACUGGGCGCCCACGCACAAGCGCAACGAGCCGUGGCGCUUCGUGGUCUUCCGGGGCCAGGCCGCCAUCCGGCAGGUGCUGGACGCCACCGUGGAGGGCAACCGUGCCGCCACGGUGGAGGAGCGCGGCGGGGAGACGUUCGAGGAGUGGCACGCGGAUUUCCUGGACAGAGGGAUCAGGAAGAAGUGGAGCAAGUGCGACGUGCUCAUCUCUCUCAGCAUGCUGAGGGAGGCUGUCCCGAGCAGGCGCCUGCCGGAGUGGGAGGAGGUAGCCGCGACGGCGUGCGCGGUGCAGAAUAUGCACCUCAUGGCGACGUCGAUGGAGCUGGCAGGCUACUGGAGCAGCUGGAACAUCGUCGGCCGCGACUCCGACGCGAUGGCCGAGUGCCUAGGCAUCUCCAAGGAAGCUGGGGACCGUUGUCUCGGCUUUUUCUGCAUUGGCUCCAGCGAUGUCCGCGUGCGGUCUGGACGUGGGGCUGUGGCCGAGAAAACAAGAUGGGUGACAUCUCCCUCGACGUCAGAGGGUGCAUGAAUUUGAAGGGCGAUGUGUCACAGUUAGCACUCUCGCAUGCACGUACAUCUGAUUUUCGGAUACCAUUUUCUCAUGCUUCCAGUGGCAGACAAGUGUCGCUAUCGAUACCACAUGUACAAUACAGGUCUGCCAGUACAGUUUUCUCUCGUGUCGGAGUUUCAGUAAUGCGUGGGCUCUCGUCCAUCGGAGCUUUGCCAGCACAUGUUUCUGUGAUGCUUACUGGAUAAGCGCAGCAUGCGCUUGCUCUGCACACUGAAGAGAGUCACAGGGUGGUGGCAUGUAUGCGAGCACAAAACAUUUACGUUGGUCUCCGUC